CCCGGAUUAACAACGACCGCGCUUCCUGCUGCGCUGUCACAGGGCAGAAGUGAUAAAUACGCUACUGAGACACACCAAACAAGAAAGAACAAACAAAAACAGGCCGCGUGUGACCGGCCUCAAGCAGUUGUCCCCUGGGCUCUGCGGUCACGCAACCAACUUCCACGGUGUGGGCAGCCGGGAAGUAACAAUCGCCCUCACAAUCCGAAAUGCGCGCGCGCGAAACCUCUCUAAUCCUCACUCACCUUUGUCUUCAUCUCUAUUAUCUUGCCUUCCUUCUACUGAUGCAACUCCUCUACUUAAUGGCUCUUCACUUCCUCUUCACUCUGUGUGCACUGAAAACGACGGAAGGCAAAACACCACCAUCAAUAGUCUCCUAAAGCCACGUGACCAAUUUCAUAUAGGGGCAUUUAAUUUUAGGACACUUUGCCAAAUAGGACAACAGGCAUCACUAGCCAAGACUCUGGCAUCUCGAGCCAUUGAUGUAUGUUGUGUUCCAGAAACACGCAUACAAGACACAAGUGUGGUUAUUCACCUAACCCCACCUGGCCAACAGGAUGAAUAUGCAAAAUUCACCUUGAGGGUGUCAGGAGAUGAGACGGCUAGCUCACGAGGAUUAGCUGGUGUUGGGAUAGCUCUGAGUACUAAGGCAGAAAAGACAUUACUUGAUUGGAUCCCGGUAGAUAGCCGAAUGUGUGCUGUCCGUCUGAACGGAUCAGUGAAAAGGAGAAAGGACUGCACUAGUCGCCGAUGCCUUUUCGUAAUCUCCGCCUACGCCCCCACUGACUGCAGUUCGGAUGAAACGAAGGAUGAGUUCUACCAAAAGCUGUCUAGUUUGCUACGAAAGGCUAAACGCUUAGAUAUAGUCGUUUUUGCUGGUGACUUUAAUGCUCAAGUGGGGAAAUUGUGUCAUUCUGAGAAGAAUGUCGGUGGCACAUACGGAAUUCCGUGCCAGCGAACCGACAACGGUGACCGUCUCCUACAGUUCUGUUCAGAUAAUCACUUGUUUCUUGUAAGCACUAACUUCAAACACAAGGAGAGACACUGUUUGACCUGGCGACCUCCAUCAUCAAACCAACGCUGGACACAAAUAGACCACAUAGCAAUAAGCUAUCGUUGGCGUGGGUCGGUAGGAGAUUGUCGCUCCCUCUGGAACACGUGUGUAGAUACCGAUCACGCACUGGUCCGCGCUCGUGUGUGCUUACGACUGAACGGACGUAGGAAACAGCUAGCGGUAAACCCAUCACGUCCCCAGCUCGAUCAGGAAACUAAGUCCCUAUUUGAGGAAGAACUAGCUAAACACAUAUCUGAGUUCGACAGCUGUGCUCACCCUGAAGAAGCCUGGAAGAAUAUUCAAUCAGCCAUAGAUACAGCUGUAAAAGCUGUGAAUAAGGUAAAUCCAAAGGUGAGUAAAAACCAUUGGAUUUCGACUGCCUCAUCCGAACUGAUAGAUGCUAGAAGACUUAUUCCGGCGAGCUCCGAAUUCAAUGAGGAGCGAAAGCUGCACAAAAAGAGGCUUACGAAAAGUCUCCGCAAGGGCCGUGAACAGUGGUGGUUGACAAAGGCGAAGGAGAUGGAAAAAGCAUCGGCGAUAGGCAACACUAGGCAACUCUUUAGACUCAUCAGGGAAACGGGUGGGAGAAGGCUAUUUCUGAGAAAAAUGGCUCCUUAAUUAGCUCUCAGGAUAGACGCCUCGAACGC